AUGGCCGACGGCAAUAAUGACGACGGAGAGGUCGUGCCCUAUGCCGCCUACCUGCGGGAGGUGAUGCAAAAGGGCAUCCUAGGCGGCCAGCUACCACUCGUGACCACCAAUCCCAAUCGCCUCGAGGAGCAGGCUCAAAAGGCAAUGCCCACCAAGGGCUUCGACUACAUCAAGGGCGGCGCCGGCGAGUCGGCCACUAUGGAUGCCAACCGCCUGGCCUUUCGACAGUGGAAGAUUAUCCCCCGCGUCCUGCGCCCGACCAACCCCCGCGACCUGAGCGUCGAGCUCUUCGGGCACAAGUAUGACACUCCUGUCCUCAUGGCCCCCAUCGGCGUGCAGUCCCUCUAUCAUGAAGACAAGGAGAUCGGCACGGCCAACGCGUGUGCCAACCUUCGUGUGCCCUUCACCCUUAGCACUGCUGCGUCGACGAGCAUCGAGGAGCUCGUCAAGGCCAGCCCCGACGGCCCCAAGUGGUUCCAGCUCUAUUGGCCCCUGGACGAGGAGAUUACAGCGUCCAUCCUCGGCCGCGCCAAGGCCAAUGGCUACAAGGCCCUCGUCGUCACUCUCGACACUUGGACUCUCGGCUGGCGGCCAUGGGAUCUCGACACCGCCAACGUGCCGUUCAUCGUCGGCGAAGGCGACGAGGUUGGCUUCCAAGAUCCCGUCUUCCGCAAGAAGUUCGCCGAGCGCACAGACGGCGACACGCCCGAGGACAACAAGAUCGGUGCCGCCAUGUACUGGCUCAGCGAGAGCUUCCCCGGCGUGAGCCGCAGCUGGGAGGAUCUCGCGGUCCUGCGCAAGUACUGGGACGGCCCCAUCAUUCUGAAGGGUGUCCUCAGUGCCGAGGACGCCAACCUUGCCGUUCGAUACGGCAUGGACGGCAUCAUCGUCAGCAACCACGGCGGCCGCCAGAUUGAUGGUGCGGUGGCGGCGCUCGAUGUGCUGCCGGAUAUUGUCGACGCCGUUGGCAAGCAAAUCACCGUCAUGUUCGACUCGGGCAUCCGCACCGGGGCUGACAUGGUCAAGGCCCUCGCCCUCGGAGCAAAGGCAGUCUUUGUCGGUCGUCCGAUCGUCUAUGGGCUAGGCAUUGACGGUACGGCCGGCGCGGAGGCUGUCCUGGCUGGGCUGCUCGCCGACCUCGACCUGACCAUGGGGCUCGCGGGUGUGAAGAGUGUCGCAGACCUGCAGCGGUCAAUGCUGCGACGCGCGCAGUACCCAGGCGAUACGAAGGCCAACCUAUGA